AAUCCCUGAACCCCACACAGUCUAUAUAUCGGAAGUUCACUGCAGUAAAAAUACGUGGGAUUUUAUCAAAUAGACCGAAGAGCAGGUCGUUCAUGUUAUUGUGAAAUUUGUGCUGGCCUGCAUAUCAACGGUAACUCGUGCAUAAUAAUUGUCCGCUCUUAUCAUCGUGGCCCACUUGUUCGUGUGACUGGAGUGGUUGCGUGGUUAUCAUGUUCAGUUUCAAGAGAGAGUGUUACAUAAGUACGUUCCAGCUCCUAUUUCUCAGUCCCACACAAUCGACACACAGUGACUUUUAAAAUGGCCACCGCUGUGAAGAACGGGCUUGUUCUCGUGGAAGUCCUCGUUCUUACGGUGCUACGGAGCCCCUCAUCUACGACAACAGAGGUCACGCCAGCCACGGUGACAGCUACAGCUAUCCCCGGCCUCGGCGAGGGGUGCACGACGGAGUGCAGUCCCCCCGACAUGGUGGAGUGUGUUAACCAUGUGUGUCAGUGUAUACCUCCUCUCCAGAGUACUGGCAAAUACUGUGUCACCGAACCCGGUCCGGUUGGGGAUUUUAGCUUCGCCAAUGUGACGGACUCCACCGUCAGCCUGACGUGGGAACAACCAACGACACCGGGUGUUAUACAGUAUUAUGAUAUAGUUUUCAAUGUGAAUGGAAUGUGUUUUGACGAGAUUGUGUACCAGUGCACACAGAACUCACGAUCAACGGGAACAUGCGGAUUUAUGACCUUUACGGCGGUAACCAGUUGCAAUGGCACCAUAUCUUAUGACGUAUCAUCGCUGCUGCCUUACAAAAACUACUCCAUGAGCAUCAGUGCCAGAAACGAUAUAUAUGAUGGACCAAAUUCAACGUUAUCAAUACAAACGGAUAUAUCAGCCCCUUUACGACCAAGGGACGUCGAAGCAACCGUUCUGAACGCCUCCGUAAUCCGAGUGUCCUGGUCGCGCCCGUUUCGCGACAACGGCCCCACCUGGUACAACGUCACCGUGUGGGAGGCCACGGGGAGACGCUCGUCAAACUUCACCCUCAAGACAACAGUACGAGUUGAUGGUUUCAAUACAACGUCAUGUGUGGUACAAGGUCUCCUAAGUUCCUGGAAGUACUAUUUCAAAGUGACGGCAUACACUCCCGCAGGCUCUGCGCAUGCUCCAAACGCAUCAGGUGUCGUAAUGACUUUGCCAGCAGAGCCUGGGCCCGUCGAGAACCUGACUGCCUCUGCUCUACCCGAGCCCUACUUCGGAAUGUUACUGACGUGGAAUUGUCCCGAGGAGAAACAGAGGAAUGGACGCAUAAUGAACUACACCUUACACUACAAGGGCGAUGUAUCCCAAGUGGAGCAUUACGGGAGAUACACACCAGAGGAUCCAUGCACGGACACGAAGUCAGUGUUGGUGCCGAUGGCGCCCGCCAUAAACUACACGUUUACCGUUUUUGCAAAUGCAGAAUUUACAGGCAAAAGGACGUCUAUUAUUUCAAGAAUGGGUCCUAAGGGUAUGGUAUUUGUGCUGCCGGCAAGGGCCAGUGAAGAAAAUCAGUACUCCAAAAGUGUGAUCGUCGUCUCAGCCGUGUGUGGUACCGUGAUAGUCGUCCUCCUUGCUGUCGUGGUAUUGUUGGUUAUAUACACCCGCAUCCUUCCGUCUAAAAAGGACAAGUAUGAGUCUACUGGAAUUGAAAAUUCUUCCUACCGCAGUUUAAAUAAUGACCAGCUUCCGUACAAGAGAUGAAGAGGACAGUGUCAAACAGGACCAGAGAGAGGACAUUUCACGACAUUCAUUUAUCAUCAGUAGCUUGUAUCAUGUGUACUCUUACACGCAUCUUUGAGUUACCCAUGACUGCCAACAUCGGGUGUUGUAGUGAUUCCCUUAGAGUUCAUGCGGCCUCGAAGUCAUGAAAGACAAGAUAAAUAGAUUUUCGUUGGUUUCUCAGUAAUUAAACAGGCUAAGUAUCUGAAAUUUCCGUUUGUGUUUCACGUGAUACAAAUUACAAAUAAUCAAAUAUCAAUUGUACAUUUGACGAAACGUCUGCAGGUUCUAGAAGGAUCACACAAAGGAAAUGCAUCUCAUAUAACAUAUGUAGUAUUCAUAUUUAUGUUACUUUUAUGCAUGAUUACGAACGGUGGACUGUGGACAUUUGUCCUGAACAUCUCUCUUGUAUGCAUGUCCUUCAUGGUUGUCCUUGUAUGCAUUGUAGAACAGAUAGAAAUGACAUAUUUCAGUGCAAUAUUGCCGUCCUACAAUACAUGGUUUUGAUAGGACAGAAAUGUCAUCAGAGAAAGAAAUGAGAAUACACUUUAA